AUGCCAGACCCCGAGGCUGUGCUGGCGGGACUUCUCGCCUGCGCUUGGCUCUGGCGAAUCGGCAGCACGGUCUACGCAGCCUACUCCAUAUCGAACGCCGUCGGCCCGGACUGCUUGGGAACCAACUUCAAGCACUUCGUCGCCGGCCUACAGAUUCUCAUCACACUGGUAGUGAACCUCAUACCUUUAUCGAAAUUCCCUAGAAUCAGCUUGGCCACCAGGUUUAUAAGCAUACCGUCGCAAGCCUGCACGCUCUACUACGCCAACGCAUAUAUCGGCCCACUGCUGGACAGCAAGCGAGUCACUGUGUUGUUGUAUGCGAUGACCCUAUUGUCGAUAUUGGAAACCGUUUAUAAGGUCACCUUGGAUUGGUCAAGAAUCGAAUAG